AGUGUUCGGACUCUGGCCGCAUUCCAUUUAAUCGUACCAUUUGAGUCGUUGCGAAAACUCGAUUAAAUUUAUUCCCUUUUUGUUUGCUGAGCUCGUGUUAAAAUCAUGGCUGACGCGUUUGACGAUCGACUGAAAAAAAUUUGAUAGAAGAAACUGACAAGUAAUUCGAGGAAAACUAACAGAAGAGACUGAAGCGUUUGGAUGAAAUGUAGAGUCCAGCCUUCACCGUCCAUCCACUGCAACUCCACGUGGAAGUUGAAUUACCAUCCGUCGUUUUUGCUUCACCGAACACAUUGAGAGAAAGACAAGUCUGUAGAGCUUUUUUCUGACAGUUGGUUCUGUCAUUUUCGAAUUUCACAUAAAAAGAGGGUCCGAAAAACCCACUCGGAAGCGAGCUGAAUAAAAAACUUCGGACGAAAUGGUCGGACAGGGAAAAUCGUCUCCAAAAAUGGAAUCCACUUACUACUUGAAACAUGGACAAACUUUGGAAAACACGAAGGUCGCGGAUAGAUCGCUGGCUUUGAAGUUAUCGAAAAGUGAAUUCAACCGCUUCGUCGAUUACACCACCGAAAAUGAGAGACUCGCUGCCGCAGCGGCAGAAGAAGCUGCCAAACUGGCUGCGUUGAAAAAAAAGAGCUACGAAAUGACGAAAUCGUGGGGGGACACGAUCGCCAACAUCAAGAAAAAACGGAAACAGGAACGCUUCGAUCGGGUGAAAAGGGACGAGGAAAUCCGGGAAGAAUUCGUGAAGAAUACUCAAAAGGAGAACGCGAUCGAACGAGCGGGAGUCGUCAACGAGGCGAGGAACCUUUUAUUGUGGAAAAAACCUCAGUGCAGACUCAUCAACUCGGCACUCCUCACUGCCGAGUGCUACAGGGAACUGAACGCUCAAUUAGCUUUCAACAAGAGUCUUCGGGACAUUGACAAGAAGGAAGACUCGGAAUAUGUGAGAAUGAUGAAGGAAGACGUUGAAAAAUUCAACAACGAGGAGAGAAAAAAAGCGGAGAUGAAACGGAAAAAGAGCCGAGAAUAUGCCCAACAGUUGAAAAGACAAAUCGGAGGAGUCGGAGAUGAACUGAAGCGAUUGGAGCUCAAAGAGCGAGAGAUGGAAAAACAGGACCUGAAAAAUAUGGCUAGAGAGAUCGAAACGUUGGAAAAGUGCGAGGCUCAAGAAGUAGCGAGGAGGAAAAAGGAGCAGAGGAAAAUCUUCCUUGACGCACUGGAGGAAAAGAAACGUCGACAGUUGGAACUCAAACGCAAAGAUAAAUAUGAAAAUGGAGCAAUUGAAAUAGUGAAAAAGUCGAAGGAGCGUAUCAAGAAGAUUGCUGCGACGAGGUUGAAAGAGGAGAGAGAAGAAAAAAUACGCAACGCGGAAUUACUCGCCAAAAAAUGCGCAGCCGUUCGAGUCUCGCACGAAGCUGCCGAAGAAGAAAUACGGAAAAAAGUCAUGAUGGAGAAGGAAAAAUUGGAGCGUGAAAGAGAACAAGAGAAGAUAAAAAAACAGAAAAUGCUGCGUGCCGAUAUGGCUAAAUACAGGAAAGAAUUAGCAGCGAUGCAGAAGAAUCGUGAUUACGAAGAAAAGAAUAUUGCUGACUGGGAAACUAUCCAGAGAUUUAAACGAGAUGAAUUCAACAAAAAAGUCAAGGCAGAAGAAAUUGAGCGAGAGAGAAAAAAGAAGAGAGACACGGCAGCCUUCCUGCAGAAACAAAUAGCCGAACGGGAGGCAGAGUUGAAGCUUCAGGAAGACGUGGGAAAUGAAGCGACGCUGAUAAAACGUAUGAUCGAAAGUACGAACGAAAAAGUUUUGAAGUACGGCCAAGAGGUGUUGAAAGAAUGUGUGGACUUGAACCGAGCUCAUCCGAAUGGACCGCACCGGCCAUUAUUCCCAAUAUUGAAGGCGAUCGAAACGUUCAAAAAAGAAAGUGGUUUAAUCCCGCCGAAACAAAUCGAAGAAGCCGAGCCUCCGAAGAGGAGAAGAAUGCGGAGGAAACGGAUUUGCGCAAACGUUGUGCCUCCCGAGGACAUAAUUUAUGUGUAGUCCAGCAAGAAUUUAUUUCGAAUGUAAAAGAGCAAUCACGAACAACUGCGAAUAAAAAAUUUUUUAAUAAAUCGCAUGUUCAUUGAA